AUGGCAUCCACUGUUGACGCGACAUCUAUCAGCCCUCAACAGGCUUCUCUCCCCACGACCUCAGUCUUUCGACAUCCCAACGACACACUUUCAAUUGCACCCCAGCCUGCCACUGCACCUUCCGGCAUACCACCAGCCCCACAGCGUGUCUGGACUUUUGCGAGACUUCGUGACCUUGGGCAAGAGGUCUUCGGCAAGAGACUAUGUUUGCGUCAAAUGCAGCCAGCUUUGGCGCUGCAGAGUGGGAAGGAUGUCGUUCAUCUAUCCGCCACAGCAUCUGGAAAGACGAUGACCUUUCUCCUUCGGCUUCUCAUGGCUUGCAGAGAUGGUGAGGACAAGAUGGUCUUCGGGAUAACGCCGUUGGUGAUGAUUGGGAAGCAAAUGGAAGUGCAGCUGGCAAAGGUGGGGAUAAAAUCAGUGAAUCUCACUGCGGAGAACAAUAAGCCAGAGAUAUACCAGGCCAUCAUACGAGGUGAAUACCAAGUCGUUACAGCUAGUCCGGAAAUUCUGGAUGGCGAUCGCUUUCACAACCUGUGGAAGCAGCAGAAGGUCAAGGACCGACUCCUCUAUAUAGUAUUCGACGAGGCACACUGUAUUACAACCUGGGGCAAGACUUUCCGCCCCCACUAUCUUCGCGUUGGCAAUCUGCGUCAUCUCCUCCCACCCCAUGUUCUCUUCUUCGUCACUUCUGCAACGAUUCCAGAAUGGAUGCUGCACGAAAUCAAGAGCAUAUUACGCUUGCGCUCUGGUGAUGGCAGCGCAUAUUUUAUUCAUUCAAAUGACUGUCCCAACAUUCGACUUCUUGUACGGCCAAUGCAAUAUGCUGUCGCAAGCUACAAGGAUCUCGCGUUUCUGAUCCCACCUGGCUUCAAGUCUCUUGAUUCUCCUCCGCCAAAAUUUCUUGUUUUCUUCGACAGUAUUCCCGCAUGCGAGGACGCGAUUGAGUACUUGCGUUCUCGGUUGCCAUCAACACUACGUGCAAAGCUGCGAUACUUUCAUGCCACGAUGACAUCAGAGUACCGUGCCGACACCUUUGAAGCUUUUAAAUCGGGCCAGAUUUGGGGUUUGGCUGUUACUGACGCAUUUGGAAUGGGAUUGGACCUUCCUGACGUUGAGAUUGUCGUACAAUAUCGCUUGACCCGUGGUGGAGAUGCGUGCACGCUUUGGCAACGAAUUGGUCGUGCUGCUCGUGAUCCUGCCAUUGAGGGUACUGCUGUAGUGCUUGUUGAUGAGAGUACCUACGACCAUCAUCGUAUUGCAACUGUCGCACGUUCGCAAAAGAAGCGUAAGACCCCCGAUACACCUUCUGCUGUGGUUGGAGCCAAACGCCGCAAACGCGCUGAUGGUUUGCCUGUUGUGCCCCUGGCAUUAGUAUAUGCAGGUGGCGAGUCGACCGUACCAUGGUCCGGUGCCUUUCUUGGUAUAGACCCAUCACCUUCUGCCCGUAAGGCACGCUACUUGCUACCGCCAGAUUUGGAAACAAGUUCAAAUCCUCAAAAGAAGAACGACAAGUCCACUCUCCAACUUGGAUCAGCUCUUGAUGACAUGGUCAAUGCUGCAGAGCGUGGAUUGCUCUGUCAUCGAGAACCAUUUUACUUGUACUUCUCUUAUAAGCAGAUGCAACCACCUUCACAUAUCAAGUGUGACGAAACAAUAAUUGGCGGUUGUCAGCGCUGUAAGCCGACUAUCCCAAGAAUUUGUUGCGCUCUUUGCCAUCCCACCGCAUUUGACCAUAUCGCCCCAAUAACACUCCCACGUCUUGUAAAACCAGCAAAGACAAGUGUAAAAAAGGCAUAUGAGCUCUCGGCGACUGGUAAACAUAUUCUCGGUUGCCUGGAGGUUUGGCGUGAAAGUACAGCUGAACGCACUCUCGACAGCUGUGUUCUGGAUAUGUAUGGUGUUUCUGCGCUCAUGUCAGACAAUAUCCUGCUGCGUCUGGCAAUAUGCGCAGAUCUCAAGAAGCUUCCGGAUGCUGCAGCCAUUCAACGCGAGACCUCAUGGCAGAGCCAGCUGGUAGAAGAAUAUGGUAAUGACAUACUAAGCAUUGUUCAUAGUGUACAGCCCAUCCCAGAACGUAUGUCCACGAUUUCAACUCCAAAAGCUGUCCGACUCUGUGGUAACUGCCGACAACCAGGCCAUAACCGUAUGUGA